AUGCCUCUAUCGCUGCAGAGCGUGGGAUUUUCCCUCCUUAUCUUACUCGCCAUCUCCGGCCAGGCCUAUGGCUUCGGAGCCGGUAACAUCGCCUCGCUGUCCAAGAUCGAAGGCCAAAACUGGCGUCAUGGAGAUAUCGAGGAUACUCUUCUGACGCUGUUCCUGGCCCGCGUGGCGGGUGGUCGCAAGUUUGGCAAGCUGGAUGUCAAGCGUGUGUAUUUUGGGAACUGGCUGCGUGAUUACAGUCAGGCCGUCGACGUGGGCACAGUCAAGUAUGUCAGUGCCGAGGCCAUUCGGAUCCUCAUUUGGGUUCUGGGCUUCAUGAGCUUUGGUUACGGCACCCGCGAGUUUGAGGUCACCACCGAGCGACUGGGCUGCUACCAACCCACGGAACAUAUUGACAACCCCCAGGGAUAUGCAGAGGGUGACGAUGCUCGGCGCUAUGACCGCCGUCUUCGAGGUCCCGUAGAUGACGAGCGGGAGCUUUCCAUUGACCCCCGUACCGGUUUGAAGAGCUAUAUCGCCUCCGAGGACCAGGGCAUUGAUACCUCGGCUGCUCUGAUUCGUCGUGUACUCGGUCGCUCGAUCCAGAUGGGCCGCCGCUAUUCCCGCUCGCGAAAUGAUGAUGAUCUCUAUGAAGCUCUCCGCCUACUGGGUACGGGUCUACAUUGUCUUGAGGAUUACGCAGCGCAUUCGAACUAUACUGAGUUGAGUCUGCUGGAGCUCGGUGAACGGGAUAUCUUCCCGCACGUUGGCCGUAACACAAAGGUUCAAGUACGUGGCGCUCGCCAGUCUGUGUAUCCCAUUGUGACCGGUACUUUUGGUGGUGUCGAUUUCUUCCAUUCCGUGCUCGGUGAACUGUCCGAUAAGACCAUGCAGUCGGAAAUCCAAUCGCUCGAGGGUGUCAUCUCCGAGUCGGAGGGCGACAGCCCAAGUCUCCUGCAGGACCUUCUCAGCAAGAUUCCCAGUGGUUUGAUUGGUGACACCGAUGCCCAAGCGGGCCAAAUGGACGAUUUCAAGUCCAAAGCGGAUGACGCCCGGCAGAACAACCAGAACAUCAGCCCUCGCAAGCCCGAGGAGUGGACCCGCUACCUCAACGAUGUCCAGAAACAGAUCUAUCCUGUUCUCGAGUGGCACGAUCAGCUGCUGAAGACCAUCAACGAAGCAAUUGAGAAGAUCCCCGUGCUCCCCGAUCUCAUUGAACAAGUCCAGGAUCAAAUCACCGUCUUUGUUUUCUCCAUCCUGGCUCCUUACGUGCUCCCGAUCAUCAAGCAGGUCAAGGCCGAGCUGGAGACUGGUUCGUCCGAAGUCAUCCAGAGCAGUCGAGAGCAGCAGCACAUUGUCUUCAAUGACGACUCUUGUUCCAACCCUACUCACUCCAUGCUCUCCAAGGAUCACUUCUCCAACAUUCUCAACGAGCCCGCCGGUCGAAUUGCGUCCAGCGUGGUCAAAUGGUCAGUACCCCAACUGAUGCAGUGCUGGGAUGACGAGAAUGCCGAUAUCGAUCGAACUUUGACCCGCAUCAUUUCCGGCGUCUUUCACCACCCGGCCCUCCGUGAAUAUGGAGAUGAUGGCGCGGGCGAGAUUCGUCAGAUUAUGUUCUCCACAGUGGAGCAGUGGUGGGGCGAGAAGAGUGACAGGGAGCGUGACUCUCUUCGUGAUCAAUUGAGCCGGGAUGGUGUUCUCAAGGGUCGAAACCACAAGGAAGGCGUCCAAGACUGCGGACAUGGCUGCGGCAAGCCGCUCGCUCUGCCUCAUGGAAAGAAACAGUCGGGUGGAGGAAGCCACGGAGGAAGCUAUGGAGGAGGCCACGGUGGAGGCCAUGGUCAAAGUCACCAGUCCAAGAACGAUUCGGGCCUAGAGAAGAUUGCAUCUCAGGCUGUGGGCGGUGGUGCUCUUGGUGGCCUUGUUGGCGGUCUCGUCGGUGGUGUGGGCUCUAUGGUUCUCGGUGAUGAGGACUCGAAUGAUCGAAAGAGCCCUAAGCCGCGUCAGGAUCAUAGUCGCCCGAGCACCAAGCCGCGCAGGGACGAUAGUGACGAUGACAAGCAUGAACAUCGCCAUCAGCACAAGCCUCGCAGGGACGAUAGUGACGAUGACAAGCAUGAACGUCGCCAUCCGCACAAGCCUCGCAAAGAUGAUUCGGAUGAUAGUGACCGCGAGCGUCACCAGCGCCAGCAGGCCCAGCAUCGCCAACACUCUGAGCGCCCUAAACACCACGAACCCCAGACAUACGGCGGCGCGCCGCCCCGUCGCCAGGAAGCCUACGGUUAUCAAAGCGAGACUCCAUCUUACGGUGAACGGCCAACACCUCGCGAUGACUAUCCUCCUCGCCGCCCAGAGGGCUUUGGGUAUCAAAGCGCGACUCCUUCCUACGGUGGCGGUUACGGUGAGCCAUCUGUGCGCCGCGAUGACUAUGCUCCUCGACCCCCGGCCCCGGGUUACCACCGCGAGGAGUACCAGCAGUACCAGUCGUCCAGCGGCGGCGGUGGCUUCUAUCAGGAAGAGAGACGUGAGACGUAUGGUGGUGGUCGCAGCGAGUAUGAACGAACGGAGACACACUACGACUACGCAUCGCCACCGAGAACGACCUAUGAGACCAUGCAGCAGAGCUCUUACGGAAGUGGUGGAUUUGAGCAGUAA